AUGGAGUCCAGUCGCACGGCAUUCUUUGCCCUGAUCAUUGGCAUCGACAAGUACGAAUGUCCUGACAUACCCGAUCUCUGUGGCGCGGUCGCAGAUGCCGGCGACAUGGACAACUAUCUCCGACAGAACCUGGCUGUACCCUCUUCGCCCAUCAUGAACCCCCUCAACGAACGGGCCACUCGCCAUCAUAUCACAGCGUGCAUUCUUUCGUUUGCUGCAGAUGAACGGAUUCAGCCGGGAGACCCUAUCCUCAUAUUCGACAUGGAGCACAAACACCCGCGCCCAAAGAGUGGCGAAUCGGUAGCUCGAACGGUCUGGUUCAGAUGA